AUGGAAAAUUAAACAAAUAAUCAAGGGAUAUAGAAAGAAAAGUAUAAACCUUUCUCUAUAAAUAAGCACAAUAACUAUUAGAUUACUAGUCCAGAAUACAACAAGCAUAAAAGACAUGUUUAUAUUAUGACAAAGGCUGGAAGACCUGUUUAUGUUAGAUAUGGAGAUGAAAUCGAAUCAAGUAGUUUUAUUGCAACUAUGGGAGCUAUAUUUGAGAAAUUUCAUAUUUAUUUCUCAUCUGACAAAAGCAAUUCGAAGUGGCAGAAAAUGAUUAUUAAAAAUAAAGAAAUACACUUCCUUUACAGGAAACAAUUAGUUUAUAUCUGUGUUACUGCUCUUCCCCAAAAAGGCUCAAAUUUAUUAGAAAAUAAUUCAAAUAAGACAGCAUAUUAAUAAGUAAAUGCUUCAACUUUGUUUAAGCCUCAAGGAGAAUAGCAAAUAGUUCAAUAUACUGAUUUUUAGAUAGGAAAGAUGCUUGAUUUUUUAAACAUUUAGAUGAUAUCGAUUAUGACAGAUGCGGUUAACUAAAAAUUAGAACAACGUUCAAAUUAUGAUCCAUUAUAAAACUUAGGUGACAGAAAUCAAUUGAUUGGAAUUUCUAUCAAAAAUGGACUAAAUUCACCUUCAAUUCUCUUUAGCAGCUACAUGGCUCUUCCUUUAUAAUCAGCUCAUCGUAAAUUAAUACAUUCGGCUUUGGGAGAAGGAGUUAAAGAAACAGGAGUUGUUGUUGCUUGUUUAAUGACACCCAAUUAUAUUAUUGAUUUAUUCAUUCAGAAGGGAUAUGAUUUCAACGUUCAUGACAUUUUGCUGAUACAAAACUUACUUCAAUAAAUGAAUUCUUUGAGAAACUCUGAAAAUUGGAUCCCACUUUGUUUACCUGGUUUUUCUUGUGAAGGAUUUAUUUACUUAUAUGUAUCAUAUAUUUAAGGAGAUGUUGCACUUGUUAUGAUCAGUACAUAAAAUGAAGACUUCUUUAAAUGUAAAGAUGCUUCCAGUCAGAUAUCCCAAAAGCUAAUUUAAUAAAAUAUACUUUAGAACAUAUUUUAAUCAAUAUCAUAAAUGCCUUAUUCUCAUAAAAUAUAGUCUAAUUAAAACUCUUCUAUUAUCAAACAUUUUAUUAUAAUUCAACAAGAAUCUAACUAAUACACAUAGCCUAGCUUUGUGCCUUUUGGUAAGCAGCCAACCUUAUUUAAGCAUUACUUAUCCAGUUAUUCUAAUUUGUAUGCAAAGUUUAUUGCAGCUGAAAAGAAUUUAAAAAAUGAAUAUUUAUCAGUAAGUCGUGAUUAACAAGAAUAUACAGGAAUUUAUUCUAAUUCAGAUUACAUAAUAUUAUUCACCUUAGAUAAAUUCAUUUCAAUCCCUGAAAUAAACUCACAAUUAAAUCUGUUGAUAAAGUGGAUAAAAGUCGAAGAACAAGUCAAGUUUAUUACUAAAUUCUCAUGA